ACACCUCUCUCUCUCUCUCUCUCUCUCUCUCUCUCUCUCUCUCAGACGCUGCUCUGCUUUUAUCAGAAACAGAGCAAACAGAGAAAACAAGUGAGCAUGGCCACCUUCACGUUCCCGUUCUUUCUCUCACUCCUCCUCCUCCCGCUCUUCUCACUCUUGACUAUUGCAGCUGAAAACACAACAGGUACAAUUGGAAUCAACUACGGCAGAAUAGCCAACAAUUUACCUCCACCGGAAAAAGUAGUGGCGCUCCUCAAGUCCCAAGGCAUCAACAAAGUCAAGCUCUAUGACACUGACGCUGCCGUCCUCACCGCCCUUGCCAACUCCGGCAUAAACGUCGUCGUCGCUCUCCCCAACGAGCUCCUCUCCUCCGCCGCCAACGACCCCUCCUUCGCCGACAAAUGGGUCCAAGCCAACAUCUCCCAAUACCACCCGCAGACCCAAAUCGAAGCCAUCGCCGUCGGCAACGAAGUCUUCGCCGACCCAAACAACACCACCAAAUUCCUCAUCCCCGCCAUUAACAACCUCCAAUCUGCUCUCGUCAAGCACAAUCUAAGCUCCUCAAUCAAGCUCUCUUCCCCAAUUGCCCUCAGCGCGCUCCAGAGUUCGUACCCGUCAUCGUCCGGAUCCUUCAAACCGGAUCUAAUCGAACCCGCGGUUAAACCUUUGCUGGACUUUUUAAGCAAAACGUCGUCGUAUUUGAUGAUAAAUGCGUACCCCUUUUUCGCGUACGAGGCCAACGCUGACGAUAUCUCUCUAGACUACGCCUUGUUUCGGACCAACCCGGGUAACGUGGAUUCGGGUAACGGGUUGCGUUAUAAUAGUUUGAUGGAGGCCCAACUUGACGCCGUUUUCGCUGCCAUGUCAGCUCUCGGAUACGAUGACGUUAAGUUGGUGGUGACGGAGACCGGGUGGCCUUCCAAUGGCGACGAGAACGAGAUUGGCUCGGGGAAAGCUAACGCCGCGGCGUAUAACGGAAACUUGGUGAAAAGAGUUUUGACAGGGGGUGGGACCCCCUUGAAGCCCAAGGACCCACUCAACGUGUAUUUAUUUGCUCUGUUUAAUGAGAACCAGAAGCCCGGGCCCACAUCGGAGAGGAAUUACGGGCUGUUUUAUCCGGAUGAAGGGAAGGUGUACGACAUACCCCUUACUCUCGCGGGCCUGAAUGGGGCCCAGUCAAAUCCGGUAAACGAAAGCAAGGCCCAGGUUCCAACGACGGCGCCGUCUAGUGGGAACACGUGGUGCGUGGCGAAUGCGAAUGCAGGGGAGGAGAAGCUUCAGUCUGGACUGGAUUACGCAUGCGGAGAGGGCGGGGCUGAUUGCCGUUCGAUUCAGGAAGGCUCCACGUGUUUCAAUCCAAAUACGCUUGAGGCGCACGCUUCGUACGCCUUUAAUAGUUACUAUCAGAAGAAGGCACGUGGAACUGGUACGUGCGAUUUUGGUGGCGCCGCGCACGUUGUUGCUCAACCCCCAAGGUAUGGGACGUGCGAGUACCCAACAGGUUACUGAAGGAAGAAAAAUGGGGUUGUUUUUGUUUAGUUGGGGUUAGCCUAAUUAUUCUUUGAAUUUGGUGCUAGCUUUUAGAAUUUAGAGAACAUGGGACCUAUUUUCAUUGUAUUUAUUAUUAUUAUUAUUAUUAUUAUUAUUAUUAUUAUUGUUAUUAUUUAUUGUUAUGCAUAUGGAUUAUAUUAGUUGGUUUGACUUAUUUGUCUGUAAUUACGUCCCUAUAGCUAUUGAUAUUGAUUUCUCAAUGUCUUCUUCCA